CCAUGUGACACUUACACACUGUACACAAGCAUUCUCACAGUCAUCACCAGGAUUUUUACACGACGGGUCAGGAGAAUGUCUCUACAGAAUAUUCGGCACAAAUUCAGAAGGUUGGUGAGGUGGAACCUCAUGGAGUUCCUCUGGUUCUCCUACUCCACUCCGUCUCCACAGAGUACCACCCAACUCAUCACCCUCCUCCUCCUCUGCCUCGCCAUCUCCGCGGGUACCGGCGCCCUGCUCUACCGCUGGCUCAGCGACCUCCUGAUGUACACCCGCCGAACCGCGCUCAUCUCCGCCGGCGUCUACGCGGCAGCCAUGUUCUUCUCCUCGCUCCUCGUUCACCCUCUCCGCUGUGUCUUCACGCUGAUGUUCCCCACGCUGGGCACCAGGCAAGGCCGCAAGCUGGUGCUGUCCGUGUGCGCCAUGAUCGUGGUGCUGGAGGUUCUGCCCAACAUCGCCGCCAACAUCGCCACCAUCACGCACCUGAUGAAGUGCACCUCGGAGAACCUCGCCCACAGCCUGCUCAACUCCUCCCAGCUCUGCAACAGCAUCAAGAGCAACAUGGUGGAGCAGGUUCGCUUCGUCAAACACGACAGCAUCUCCCUCGACCAGAAGUUCCAAACCUUCAACCACUCCACCCAAAUCAACGUCGCCGAGAUGCGAGGACGUCUCAACAACCUGAGCCGCCACGUGGAGGAGGACUUCUCCAGAGCCAAGCGCCAACUGGAGGACCUGAAGCUGCUCUCCAGCAGGGUCUUCGCCGCCGUGCUCGUCGUCUACCUGUUCGCAGAUUCCGCCGCGUACCUGAAGUCCUACCUGACGUCCGCGAGGUUCGAUAACAUCUACAUCACCGGCCUCCUCCGAAGAACCGCCGCCGAUAAGGGGAUCCCGGCGGUCGGAGCGAAGGACGUGAAGAACGGCGUGAACUCCACCGGCUUCAGGAUCACCAGACGAGAACUGAUCAGGUGUUUAGUUCCUGUCCUGAUGAUCACGCUGUACCUGCUGAUCACCAUCAUGCUGCUGAUGCUGGACCGUAUCGUGCUGUAUCUGGUGGUGACGGGACAGACCUGGCUUUCGGAAGUCCCGUCAACUAAGAUCACCAUCCAGGCCAACCUUAAGGUGAACUAUUUUAGCAGCCUCUGUGAAUUGUUUUCAUGUUCGGGCUCCAUGUUAAGGAACGACACCAAGACCUACACAGCCAUCGUUGGUUCUGAGGCAGCUCAGUGCAGCGCCCAGCCGCAUGAGCUGGAUCCGAACCACCUGGUGUUGCUGGGUCUGCUGUACCUCGCCAGCUACUCCCUGGCCUUCCUGGAGGUCUACGCCCGACGCCUCCGCCGGAAAGUAGCUUCAUCCUUCUUCCAGCAGCAGGAGGAGAAACGCAUCGAUUUCCUCAUCGAGAAAAUCCUGAAAAAGAGAGAGAGUCUGAAACGUGAGGAAGAAGAGAAGAAGAUGGAGGGAAGUGAAGUGAUAGAACCUGUAGAUCAGCCUGAACCUGAAUUAUAUAAGUUUUAUAAACUGCAAGAGACCAGUGGUGUAUAACCCCAGAUGAAAACCCAAAAAUCAGUGUCUCAGAAAAUUACAAUAUUACAUAAGACCAAUUGAUACUUUUGGCAGUGUGUCCUGCUGGAAAAUGAAAUAUAAUUACAGCUGAAGAGACCACUUCAGUUUCUGAAUCAGUUUCUCUGAUUUUGCUAUUUCUUUACUUGAAAUUUCUCCCAAAUUCCAAAUAAAAAUAUUAUAGUCAUUUAGAGCAUUUAUUUACAGAAAAUGGGAAAUUACUGAAAUAACAAAAAAAAGAUGCAGAGCUUUCAGACCUCAAAUAAUGCAAAGAAAACAACAAGUUCAUAUUCAUAAAGUUUUAAGAGUUCAGAAAUCAAUACUUGGUGGAAUAAUCCUGUUAUUUAUAAUCAGAGUUUUCAUGCAUCUUGGCAUCAUGUUCUCCUCCACCAGUCUUACACACUGCUUUUGGAUAACUUAAUGCCACUCAUUCUGCAAAAAUGAACUUUUUAAAAUUUUUUGUUCAUUAAGAGCUCAUAGGGCAAAAAUAAAGGAAGAAAAGUGAAAAAUAAAGGUCUUAAAACCUUUAACCACUAGUGUAUAAUUCUAUUUAAUUCAGAAACGACAAUGUGGGCAGUGGGCCAAGUCCUGCUGGAAAAUGAAAUCUGCAUCUUUAUAACUUCAUAAAAAAUAUAUAUUUUUGGUGGAAUAACCCUGGUUUUUAAUCACAGUUUUUUUCAUGCAUCUUGGCAUCAUGUUCUCCUCCACCAGUCUUACACACUGCUUUUAGAUAAUUGUAUGCCGCUCCUGGUGCAAAAAUUUAAUAUUUUUGUACAAGAUAUUUUUAUUGUACAAGAUUUCUGCAGCACUGUAGCAGAAGGUGUGAUGUCACUGAACGUGAACAUGAUGUCAGUAGACACAUAAAGUCUACAGUGUGACAUCACAUAGUGGACUGACCUGUUGUUAAAAAUUGAUUGUCUAAUACAAUCCUUAUUGUCUUUAUGUCUUAUUGUCUAUCUUGGGACAGGUAUUUUUGGGUUUUGUUGUUUUGUUGUUUUGUGUCCCAUGACUUUUGUCAUGUGCUCACUGUGGAUGGAGGAAUGUUAAAUACUCCUCACAACGUAUACAGGUGUGGGUGUUCCCAAGCCGUUUUUUGAGGUAGCACCUUGUGAUCAGUUUACAUACAGGUGUCCCAUGACUUUUGGCAUGUCAAUGAAAUGCGUGAAAUGCUCCAGUAGAAGAAGCUAAUGUAUGAAUAGAGUUUUAUUAUAGUGAGAAUUAAGACGAUAUUGUGUAUUAUUAUAACUGUAGAUUUAUGUAAUAUCAUGUGUUUUUCAGGAUUUUUUCACAAUAUUAUAUUAUAUAUUAUUAUAUAUAAUUAAUAUCAUGUUUUUCUUCAUGUUUAAAAAAGUGUGCAGAGCUCAGAUGAUGAUUAGCGUCAUCGUGAUCCAGUGAAUAAAAGAUCUGGGACUCAAUGAACUGAACAUCUCGGUCACGUUUCACACAAUAAAACGAAGAAGAUGAUUACAGGACAUUAAUCAAAACAGCACAAUCACAAAACAGCAUGAUGCUCAUCUCAGUUCUGUUGAUUACUGAGUUUAUUAGGGAAAGAUCUCUGAUUAUCAGCCUGAUCUGUAAUAAAAAAAAACUAUGAUUAUACCUUUUUUUGA